GUUUGCUCUUUGGGAUAGAAUUAAAAGAGUCCACAAAGAACCACCAGUGAUUCUUAGAGCUCUUUUGAUUCUUCAAGCAAUGGACUCUUUUGUUUAUCUUGGUGGUGGACUUUUUCAAGAUCAAAAGAGUCCACAAGAACUACUAGUAAUUCUUAGAGCUCCUUCGAUUCUUCUAGUGGUAGACUCUUUUGAUUAUUCUGGUGGUGGACUUUUUCAGUUCUGGACUCUUUGA